CAACGACUGCCGCGCUACUGCGGUUUAUUAUUGCACUACGUUUUUAGGUUUUUUGUUUUGGAAAUUUUGUUAUUUUUUAAGAAAAAAGAAAAUCAGAUUCUAACAAUAUGACGCAACAAAAUGCAAUCCGAAUGUCAAGAUCGGAAAUAAAUGUAAAAAGAUUACUAGGACGAUGUGAAUUAUUAGCCAAGGAAGAUAGCCAUCAAGAUUGGAGAUUAGAAAAGUAUAUAAAUGCGUUGGACGAUGCGAUUAAAAAAUUGCAAACUUUGCCAGAUAAACCUAGUAGGGAUAAAAUGAUGGAGUACACCAAGAGAAUUGAUUUUUUAAAAGGAGUUAUUGAUGCAGCAAAACUUACUAAUUCAAUAGAACGAGUCGUAGCGGCACAAAUGCUACCUAGAGCUACUUCGGUACUUGUAGAUUCAACUGGCCCCAGUAUUGUCACGCAAAUACAUCAGAAAACUUCAGCUAAAUAUAAUAAAGAGUUGCGAUCUGAGUUGUUUAAUACUGAAUUGGAUGGUGAUAACAGUGUAAGACAUCGCUUAACGAAUUCAUCACCAACUCAAGAUGAAGAUUUGGAUGCAUUGAUAAAAUACAAUCGUAAUAUGCAAGAAAAAAUAGCUGAAAAUAUGUUAUUGAUGACAAACAGCAUGAAAGAACACGCAUUAACUGCAAAUGCAAUUAUAAAAAAAGAUCUAGCUUCUUUAGAAAGGUCAGAUAAGCUGACAGAAAUAAACGCCGUUAAAUUGAAUAAAGAAUCAUUAAAACUUGAAGAGCACACUAAAUCUAAAUGGAGAUGCCUAGUUUGGGUAAUGAUUGCUUUUGUUGUCGCAAUCUUUUGCAAUAUGGUUUUAUUCAUGAAAAUCGCUAAGAAGAAAAUGUAAACUACAAGCUACUACUAUUGAAUUUUUAAAUUUAUUUUAUUUUUUAUAAUUUUAUUUUAUGUACUUUAUAAUGGCUUAAUAUACCAUAGAAAAAAAUUUAUUUGUUGAGUUAAU